UUUACAAUACCCCAUGCAGUGCGCACAAAUGUUGCACAAGUGAUAACGUUUAAACAAACUUGAUUUGCACAUUUAAUAAUAUUGCGGACGGUUACCUUUGAUAAGAAAGUUGUUCUCAACAGUGUCGUUCGUUGGAAACUAUUAAAAUACCUUGUAAUAAUGUCGAUGCAUUUCUGGACCAUGCGUUUUGGACUUCGUCCGGUGAUGCGCAUGAGGACAUGGAGUGUUUUGUGGAAUGCAGGUUGGCGAAACAUAUCCACAAAUGAGGGAAACGAAUACGAUAUAGCAGGAAGAUGGUCUAAUGAAUUAGGAUCUAAAAAUACAUUCAGAUGCAAGAAAGGCCAGCUGGAUGGUACAUACACAUCAGCUGUUUGGAAUGCCAAGGACUACUACGAUAUUUCGGGAAGAUGUAUUGAACCAAACAAAGGUGGUGAGCUGCUUGACUGGGUUAUGGCUUGGAAAAACAAGACGUUUGGGAACUCCCAUUCAACAACAUCAUGGUCAGGGAUCUAUUAUGCUCAGGAGAAAGUUAUCCGUAUACAGUGGCCACAGUGGCUGUUGACCGACUAUAAUGGAGACUUGGAGCCCCCUCAACGCUACUGGGAAGCUACAAAGAUCAAUCAUGACGAGUUUAGAAAUAUCAAAUAGGUAGAAACAGCUUCGUAGACUAUGAUUCUAAAACUUGUGAGUAAAGAUGAAUAGAACUUAGCUAUGAAUUUUAAUAUAUAAGAUUUAAAAAAAAACAAGUAUCAACA